AUGACGUCACAAGCCGAUCAAUCCGACCAAAAAACAGGCGUACCAGAGAAGUCAGAAAAGCCAGCGCCAGCGUCGUUCGCGGACAAGCUAGAGGCGUUCAGCCAGGAGAAGUUCGCGUCGUUCCGAGCUGCCGUGAGCAGCCCCAACCUGCUCACGCCGGAAAAGCCGGUCGAUACUCCCGAGGAGCAGGAAGCAAAGGUGAAGGCGCUGCGGGAAGCCAUCGGUCCGCUGGCGGGCCGCGCGAAGCUGUUCUGCACGGACGCGUGCCUGCGGCGCUACCUGCGCGCGCGCGGCUGGAAUGUGCCCAAGGCGGAGAAGAUGCUCCGCGACACGCUCCGCUGGCGACACGUGUACCGACCAGAAGAGAUCACGUGGGAGGACGUGGCGGAAGAGGCGGCGACGGGCAAGGUGUAUCGCACGGAAUUCCUGGACAAGCAGGGCCGCGCCGUCAUUGUCAUGUCCGCUGGCCGCCAGAACACGGUGGGGCAUGCGGGGCAGGUGCGGCACCUGGUGUACGCGUUGGAGAACGCCAUCAACCACCUGCCAGCGGGGACGGCGCACAGCCGCAUGGUGUGGUUCAUCGACUUCCGCGGCUGGACGCUGCGCAAGGCGCCGCCCCUCAAGACGUCCAGGGAGGUGCUGAACAUCCUGCAGAACCACUACCCCGAGCGGCUGGGGCAGGCUGUGGUCUAUGACCCGCCACCCGUCUUUGAAACCUUCUGGAAGAUGGUGCGCCCCUUCGUGGACCCCAACACGUUCAGGAAGAUUCUAUUUGUGUACCCCAGCAAGCCCGACACCAUCGCCAAGCUGGAAGAGAUCUUUGACUUGGAGCAGCUAGACCAGGGCUUUGGAGGCCGCUCCACGUGGGCGUUCGAGCUGGACUCGUACAGCCAGGCCAUGCGCGAGGAUGACGCGCGAGCCAGGGCGUUCUGGGGCAUCCCUGCUUCUUCCACUGCCAGCCCCAGACGAAGGGCUCCUGUGCUGCCGGGAGGAGAUGACGAUGCUCACGCACAGGCAGAUGCAGACGCAGAAGCGGGGGCAGGAGGUGGGGCUAGCGAGGGUGAGGGUGGUGUACGGGCCACAGCAGAGGGGCAGGAGGCAGCAGAGGCAGCGAGCCUGGGAGGGCAGGAGGCCGGCGCUGUGCUGUCAGAUGCUGAGAACGGGGGUAUGGCUGAUGAGGGCUGCAGUGUGACUGUAGGGGGAGGUGACCCAGGUCGUUCAGAUGGAGAUGCAGCAGCAGGAGAGUUGAGAGGGGACGAGAGGGAGGAGCGGAAUGGCAGUGGGGGAGGUGCGGAGGAGCGGGAGCAGGACGGGAGCUUCUGGCUGCCUCUGAAUGAGCCGGCAGUGAAGGAGAGUGUGCAUGCACAGAACAUCGCACACGCACACCACGUGCUUAAGAGCACAUUCAGCAAGUUGAGCAUUGAGUUCAAGAAACCCGCAUGGAUGCAGAGAUGA